CCCUUGUCUUGCUUGAAACCAUCGUGAAGAAUUGCGAGAAGGCUUUCUCUGAAGUCGCUGCUAAGAGGUUUCUUGAUGAUAUGGUUAGGUUAAUUGACGAUCCUCAAACCGUUUUAAUAACCGCAACAAGGCUUUGAUCAUGAUUGAGGCUUGAGGCGAAUCCACCAUCGAGCUUCACUAUCUCCCUGUUUAUGAAGAAACUUACAAGAGUCUCAAAUCAAGGGGUAUUCGGUUCCCUGGCCGUCACAACGAGAGCUUGGUGCCUAUUUUCACUCCUCCGCGUUCGGUGUCUGAGGUUGAACUUAAUCUUCCACGCCAGACUCAGCAUGAUGAUACUUUAAACCUUAAGGAUCAAAACAGGAUUACGCCCAAUCGUAAGGGAUCAAUUUAGUACUUUACCCUUAAAAGAAAUGUGUUUGACAAUAAAUUUCCACUACAUAUAUAUAUCAGCCCAAGUCUUUUGAGCUUAUCUGAUGCACCAUAUAAUUUGAAGCGUUAGAUUAGAUUGAUAAUAGAUCUAAUAGUUUGUAUUUAAUUUAUAAAUAAAGAAGUAAAUACCAAAUCAGUACUCGAAAGAUUCUGUCGCUGACAAAAUGGUACCUGAUCUUUGUUAUUAACAAAAUGAUCCCCAAAAAAUUUUAAAAUUUGACAAAAGUAACCAACUGCCAAUUGAGUUACUUGGAGUUAAGGUUUAGUGGUGACGUGUCGAUUAACAAUUAUCAUAUACAAAAUUUACCCACUUUUAAUUUUUAUAAUUAAAAAAAACUCCAAUUUCAAUUUUUUUAAAAAAAAUCCUAAUCCACUUUUUUUCCCCUAAAACUCUUUUCUUUUUUUUCUAAAUCAUAAUCAUUUUCUAAAACCCUAAUCUCCUUUUUAGCUUCUUUUUUUUCCUCUCAACGAUGCUAUUUUUGGGAAUCAGGUAGUGAUUAACGAGACUCUGGUUGUAGUGGUGGUAGUGGUGAUAGCGGCAGAGGGGGUGAGAUCUUCUGUAGAGGCAUCGCAUGGAAGACCCUGUGUUCUUAAGACAAUGGUUCAGUUUGCAAUUGGGAAGGCGUGUGAAGAGGAAAAAUGGGAAGUGGAGAUUCGCGAUCCAAGGAAAAGUGUUCGCCUUUGGCUUGGAACCUUCAACACCACCAAAGAAGCCACCAGGGCUUAUGACAGAGAAGCUCGUAAGAUUUGCGAAAAGAAAGCUAAAGUGAAAUUCCCUAACGAGGAUGACGAACCUUCUCCUCCUCCCAUUUGAAGAUCGAGUAAUCAUCCUCCUCUGUAUCAAUAUGGUGAUGCCAACAACAACAACAACAACAUGAAUAACCAGGAAAGGAUUCUAAACCUCUACGAUCUAAAUUAUGGAGGAGUUAUUGGUGCUGGUGGUGCCAUCAACGCAGACCCAUUUGUGAGUUGUGUUGAUGAUAAUUCUGAGUAUGGGUCUGGUUCUGAUUUGGCAUCGGAGGUGGCAGGUGGGUCAAGUGGUGAUCAACAACAUCAAGAGGAGAAUAAGAGCUACGAGGUGGAGAAGCUUUUGGAGGAAUUAAUGGCAUAUGAGAAAAAAUGAGAAAUGAAAAAGGGGUUGAGUCUUGAGAAGAAGGGGUUGAGUAUCAGAGAAGCAUCUUUGGUUAGAAAAAUAGGAAGAAGGAGGAAUGUAGAGGCAGCAACGAAUGAAAAUAAAGAGGAUUUAAUUGGGAAAGAAAAUUGAUGGAUGAUGAUGAGGAAGGAGAAGAGAUGAGAAUUUCAAAAGAAAGGGGAUUAGGGUUUUUAAAAAAUUGAAAUUGGGAGUGUUUUUAAAAUUAUAAAAAUUAAAAGUGAUUAAAUUUUGUAAUUAUUGUAAUUGUUAACUGACACGUCACCUUUAAACCUUAACUCUAGAUAACUCAAUUGACGGUUGGUCAUUUUUGUCAAAUUUUAAAAUCUUUCGGGGAUCAUUUUAUCAAUAACAAAGAUCAAGUACCAUUUUGUCAGCGCCAGAAUCUUUCGAGUACCGAUUUGGUAUUUACCUCAUAAAUAAAUUAUUAAAAAUUACAGUAAAAAAUAACAAGUAUUUGAUAUUUUAAAAUUAGCCCCAUAUAAAAUUUGAGUAACAAGCUCUCAUUUCAGAUGCUUGCUACUGCUUUUUCCCCUUCGUGAGGAUCUCUUCCUCACUAGGUACUUUAUGCUUGUUGCCGCUUCUUCCUCUUCGUGAGGACCCUGCCGCUUCUUCCUCUACCGUUUUUUUCACCAGGUACCUUCCUAUUUCAACGCAAUUUCUCGAUUUCAUUGAAAUUCCCAUGAAAUUGUGUCGGACGCAGUGCCUCUUCAGUUCUACCGGGAUCCUCCUUGGUGCCAUUAUCAAGAAGAUUCUCAUUGGCACAUGUUAAUCUUCAAGGUUUUAUACUUUGGCAAUUUUAAUUCUGUGCAUUUUAUAAUUAACGUAUGUUGAUGAUGAUGAUUGUUUUGUUUUGAUGUGUGAUUUAGUGAAUUUUAUUUAAUCUGCCACCAGCUUCAUGGUGCUCAUGUUCCUCAAUUUGUUCUAUUGUAUUGCACUCCUCUUCGCGUAAGGAUUGGGGUUUAGGGUUUGACUUGUGCACCCAUCUUCUACUACUGUGCCCCUUUUCAACUCAAUUGAAGUUGUAAAUUUAUUUCUUUUAAUUUUCUCUUUUCUCAUCAUUCAAAGUUUCAUCAUAUGUUUCUGUUAUUUAGAUUUUAAAGGGUUGAAUUUUCUGGGUGCUUUUUAUUGUGAGAUUUUUAUAUCUUAAUUUAAAAAUGCUAAAGAUGAGUGGAUAGAUAUUUACUUUUGUAUAUUAUAAUCUGUUGUCCAAUAUUAACUAUAUUUUGUUAAUUUGUAUUAGAUUGUUAAACAGAAGCAAUCCAUGAAAAUACAUGAUAAGCUAUUUUCUUGUCUUCUUUCUUUUCUUUUCUUUUUUUACCUUUUUCUCUCUUUUUUAACAUCUUGUAUAUGAAUAUUUGCUAAAGCUUUAAUUAUAUCUUAGCUCCCUUAUUGGUGAAUCUAUGUGCCAAUUAAUGAUGUUCGUGUAAGGUUUUUAUUGUUGCUGAUGAGCAUUUUGAAUCAUCUUUGUUCUUGUCAACACGUCUUGAAGUAUGCUUCAGCUAGAUGUUGGAUCAAUGGUGUUUAUGGAAUUACUUUUCAAGUUGGAAGUCUUCAUUUUUCUCACUUUCAACAUUUCUUUGUUUUUGGUAUACUGAUUUCUUGUUAGGCGCUAUUCACAUUGUCCUAAAUCCUUUAAACUUCACCCUAUUCUUGAUGUGUAGUAUGUGAUGAUUGUACUAAAAGGGUCAAUGUCCAUAGCCUUUGGUGGGAAUGAACAGCCUGCAGCUUAUGCUGAAUUGGUGUCCAUUGGUGGUCUUAAACCCGACAUGAACAAGAAGUUUACCGCUGGAAUCGCUUCAAUUCUUGAAAACAAGCUGUUUGUGCCGAAGUCAAGAUUUUUUCUUUUUAGCAUUUUAAUUGCCUGGAUUAAUUUUUAGUUGAUUUAGUUCUUUAUUCCUGUUUUGGUUUUUCUGUUACUUUUUACACCACUACUGUUUAGUUGGUUGGUUCAUAAUUUCAAACCUUUACUGAUAAAUUAAUUAAAGAAGUACAAGUUAUUAAAGAACACUUUACAAAUUGGAUAGCUUGUUUGCACACUUAUUGAUAUAUAGACAUGUUUAAUUGCAUGAUGCGUCUGAUGAACUAUUGUUAAGCUUUAUGCAUGUUUCUUACUACGAGUUGUCAUUAAUUAUUCCGUGAUUUACAAAAACUUGUAUUAUUUUUAAUACCUUGGCUUUCUUAAAAUGCAGGCACAUUUUUGUCAUUGGGAAAGAAGAGAGGUGAAUUCAAACUAUUAUGGAUAAUAGAGGAACCAAAAAUGUCUUGCCCUCAUAAUCAAGAGUCUCAACAUUGAACGAAGUGAUAAUAGGGAUAGUAGUAUAGUGUACCAUAGAUGUUAGUUUAAUAGGAGACUGAUAGAAACUAUAGAAGACUAUGUAAACAUUUGGCACUGUCAUAACCAAAUUUCAACCAAAUAAACAUUUGUCACUUGUGAAUCCCAAACACAAUGAAAUUAAUUU